AUGGACAACAUUAGACCUGGUGAUAACUUUACAAAUAACCAAUCUUCAACCUGUGAAAGGAAACAAGAAAAUCAGAGUGCUGGAGCCACAUUUAUCCUCUUGGGCUUCUCAGAAUACCCAGACCUCCAGGUGCCCUUCUUCAUCGUCUUCCUGACCAUCUACAUGGUCACUGUUGUCGGGAAUCUGGGCAUGAUUUUAAUCAUCAGGAUCAACCCCAAACUCCACACCCCCAUGUACUUUUUCCUCAGCCACUUGUCGUUUGUUGAUUUCUGUUACUCUUCAGUAGUUACACCCAAACUGCUAGAAAACCUGGUUGUGGAAGACAGAACUAUCUCCUUCACAGGGUGCAUCAUGCAAUUCUUCUUGGCUUGUAUAUUUGUGGUGUCAGAAACAUUCAUGUUGGCAGUGAUGGCUUAUGAUCGAUUUGUGGCAGUUUGUAACCCCUUGCUCUAUACGGUUGCAAUGUCCCCGAAGCUUUGUUACUUUUUGGUGGCUGUCUCCUACUCUUGGAGUAUAGUAUGUUCCUUGACAGUCACCUACUUUCUGUUGACAUUGUCUUUCUGUGGGACCAAUUUCAUAAACAACUUUGUCUGUGAGCAUGCUGCCAUUGUUGCUGCAUCCUGUUCUGACCCCUGCAUUAGUCAGAAGAUCAUUUUAGUGUCGGCCACAUUCAAUGAAAUAAGCAGCCUGGUGAUCAUUCUUACUUCCUAUGCUUCUAUAGUCCUCACUGUAAUGAAGGUAUCUUCAACUGGAAGACACCACAAAGCCUUCUCCACCUGUGCC